AUGUUUAUUGCGAGAUCCGAAUAUGAUCGAGGUAUCAAUACCUUUUCGCCCGAAGGUCGUCUUUUCCAGGUCGAAUACUCCCUCGAAGCAAUCAAGCUGGGUUCCACAGCAAUCGGCGUAGCGACUUCACAUGGCGUCCUUCUGGGUGUCGAGAAGAGAGUCACAUCUUCCUUGCUCGUAUCGUCUAGUAUAGAGAAGAUUGUCGAAAUCGACAGACAUAUCGGUUGCGCAAUGUCCGGUCUGCAGGCAGACGCUCGAAGCAUGAUUGAGCACGCCAGAGUCGAAACACAGAACUCCGCCUUCAACUACAAUGAGAAACUAAGUGUCGAAAGCUGUACACAAUCGAUAUGCGAUCUGGCUCUGCGGUUUGGUGAAGGUGCUCAAGGUGAAGAGUCCGUCAUGUCAAGACCCUUCGGUGUUGCCCUGCUGGUAGCAGGAUGGGACGACGAUGAGGGUCCUCAACUAUAUCAUGCCGAACCAUCUGGCACGUUCUACAGAUACGAUGCGAAAGCGAUUGGCUCCGGCAGCGAAGGAGCACAGGCCGAGCUACAGUCCGAAUACCAUCGAUCGUUGACCCUCGAAGAAGCUGAAACGUUAGUACUCAAGACACUAAAACAAGUCAUGGAAGAGAAGCUGGAUGCAAAGAAUGUGCAGUUAGCCAGUGUCACAAAAGACAAAGGUUUCCGCAUAUACAAUGACGAAGAGAUGAACACUGUGGUGGCAAGACUAGAAGGUGAAUAG